GUUACGGUCGCGCUAGAGGGUGGUAGCGUCUGCGAUUGCGGUCGCUGGGACAGGGGUGCGUUCGGGAUCAGACGGCAUACCUAUUGAAUGCUCUCCUUUGUCCGGAAGGAACAGCGGGAAGAGCCAGUGAUUGAGCAAGGCGAGGUCGAGAGGUCGAUGGGACGGGGUCGAAUGGUAUGUAUAAGGGCUCGCGCAGUCAACCUGGGAGUAUUGAUCAGCGUCCGCCACCCCCAUCCCGUCGCUCUCGCCGCGCAUCCGUCUUUUUGCCCUUCGCCUGGUCCAAGUCCACGCUCCCGUUCUCAGCAAUCACGCGCUCUUUCUCCUCCCCCUCCUUCUCUUUCGUGCACGACUCGGACCAUCUUUGUGACGCCCCGCCGGAAGUUGUUCGUGAGCGCGGCAAGCAGGAAGCAUGUGCCGCAUAUCCCGGCUGGGUACACCUGUCGUCAUCCAUUCAAGAUCAAGGUGUUGGGAAGUCUGAUGGCGUCCAUGGCGACCUGGUAGGCCUCGUCGCCGAACUCUAAAAGGGCGGCGAAGCGCGGGAUGUAGUGUGAAGGAUCGACGAAGGGAAGGCGAACGUCUAGACAAGUUGCAGAUGCAUGCGACCAAGUUCGAAUACG